ACGCUUAAGCAGCCCCCAGAGGCGCAGAAGAGAGAGAGAGCAACGGAAGCAAGAAGAAGAGGAGCAGCUGCUCUGCGGAUUCUCUCCUCUUAGAUCCUCUUUCGGUCCCCGUGAAGCAGAAAUGAAGGUGGUCGCCGCUUUUUUGCUGGCCCUUCUCGGAGGGAACGCUCAUCCUUCCGCCGAUGACAUCAAGGAUAUCCUCGGCUCAGUUGGGGCUGAAGCAGAUGACGAGAGAAUAGAGUUUCUCUUGAGAGAGGUCAAGGGCAAGGACAUCACCGAGCUUAUUGCGUCCGGGCGCGAGAAGUUCGCCUCAGUGCCCUCAGGAGGCGGCGCCAUUGCCGUGGCCCCUGCCGCUGCUGGCGGUGGUGCAGCUGCCGCUGCUCCUGCCGCCGAGGCCAAGAAGGAAGAGAAGGUCGAGGAGAAGGAAGAGUCCGACGAUGAUAUGGGCUUCAGCUUAUUUGAUUGAGGGGCUUCUUCACGUUUUGGUCAGCUAUUCGGGAAGGUGAUGGCGGGUGUGGUGGUAGAUUAAGACGGAUUUUGUUAGAAUUUAGUGUGUCGAAAAAAUUAUCUGAGUAGUUUAAAUGUUUUCUAUGCUGGACCUUGUAAUUCUACAUUUUUGUGGACGUAAUGUUGUUAAGAAAUGACACUAAUUUGUGGUGAAAUGGGACUGCCUUUAUUUUUUUUUA